AGGACUAAUCACAGUCAUUGGCUCAUCCAGCCUUCUGUGAGGUCGGAAGGACAAGGCCGAGAGGAAGGCACAGAGAGGAGAGAGGCAACAGAGAGAGAUUUACCUUAAAUCAGCAUCGACAGGAUUAAUUCACCUAAAAUCUUCGAGAGAAGAAAAACACCGGUGCACGAUGAUGACCCAAAUAGAGACAACGGUGCACUAUGAUAACGGGUACGAGGAUGAAUACAUGCUGCAGGAAGAAGAAUGGGACAGGGACAUGCUGCUGGACCCCGCCUGGGAGCAACAGCAGAGGAAAACCUUCACAGCAUGGUGCAAUUCUCACCUGAGGAAGGCUGGGACCCAGAUUGAAAACAUUGAGGAAGACUUCAGAAAUGGAUUAAAGCUCAUGCUGCUCCUGGAAGUCAUCUCAGGAGAGAGGUUACCUAAACCCGACAGAGGGAAGAUGCGGUUUCAUAAGAUCGCUAAUGUCAACAAAGCGCUGGACUUCAUCACAAGUAAAGGGGUCAAACUGGUCUCCAUCGGAGCAGAAGAGAUUGUUGAUGGGAAUGUUAAGAUGACUCUUGGAAUGAUUUGGACCAUCAUCCUCCGGUUUGCCAUUCAGGACAUAUCUGUGGAAGAAACAUCUGCUAAGGAAGGACUUCUCCUAUGGUGUCAAAGAAAGACAGCUCCCUACAGGAAUGUUAAUGUCCAAAACUUUCAUGUCAGCUGGAAGGAUGGCCUAGCUUUCUGCGCCCUGAUACACAGACACAGACCCGACCUCCUCGACUUCUCUAAGCUCAACAAGGAUGAUCCUCUGGGGAACCUGAACCUGGCUUUCGACAUAGCUGAAAAACACCUGGACAUUCCUAAAAUGCUGGACGCAGAAGAUAUCAUCAACACUCCCAAGCCAGAUGAGAGAGCCAUCAUGACCUACGUCUCCUGCUUUUACCAUGCUUUUGCUGGAGCCGAGCAGGCAGAGACGGCGGCCAACAGGAUCUGCAAGGUGCUUGGUGUUAAUCAAGAGAAUGAGAAACUGAUGGAGGAGUAUGAGAGACUGGCCAGUGAGCUGCUGGAGUGGAUCCGUCGCACCACUCCCUGGCUGGAGAACCGGACUGCGGAAAAAACCAUGGCGGAGAUGCAGCGGAAGCUGGAGGACUUCAGGGACUACAGACGCCAACACAAACCCCCGAAAGUUCAGGAGAAAUGCCAGCUGGAGAUUAACUUUAACACCCUACAGACCAAGCUACGCAUCAGCAACCGUCCUGCUUUUAUGCCCUCAGAAGGGAAGAUGGUUUCUGAUAUAACCAGUGCCUGGCAGGGCCUGGAGCAGGCAGAGAAAGGCUUCGAGGAGUGGCUUCUGACUGAAAUCCGCAGACUUGAGAGGCUGGAUCACCUGGCUGAAAAAUUUCGUCAAAAAGCCACCAAUCACGAGAACUGGGCCAGCGGGAAAGAGCUGAUCCUCAUCCAGAAGGACUAUGAGUCGGCCACUUUGACAGAAGUUCGAGCUUUUCUUCGAAAACAUGAGGCCUUCGAGAGUGAUCUGGCAGCCCACCAGGACAGAGUGGAGCAGAUUGCUGCCAUUGCACAGGAACUAAAUGAGCUGGAUUACCAUGACAUUGCCUCUGUAAACCAGCGUUGCCAAAGCAUCUGUGACUUGUGGGAUAAAUUGGGAACUCUGACUCAGAAGAGGAGAGAAGCACUAGAGCGCGCAGAGAAGUUGCUGGAAACUAUUGACCAGUUGUUCCUAGAGUUUGCAAAGAGGUCAGCUCCCUUCAACAACUGGAUGGAAGGAGCCAUGGAGGAUCUGCAGGACAUGUUCAUAGUUCACACCAUUGAGGAGGUCCAGAGUCUAAUUGCUGCUCAUGAGCAGUUCAAAGCCACUAUGCCUGAGGCAGACACAGAGAGACAAGCCAUUUUAGGAAUCCACAAUGAGGUGCAAAGAAUUUCACAAAGCUACGGGAUUAAGGCCAACAUUAUCAACCCUUACAGCACCAUAAUGACGGAGGAGCUUCUUAAUAAGUGGGAGAAGGUAAAGAAGCUGGUUCCUCAGAGAGAUGGUUCCCUCCAGGAAGAGAUGGCACGCCAGCAUGCCCACGAAAGGCUGAGACGUCAAUUUGCUGCCCAGGCCAAUCUGAUUGGACCCUGGAUUCAGGCCAGGAUGGAGGAAAUUGGGCGUUGCUCUCUGGAGAUUGGUGGCACACUGGAGGACCAGAUGACCCAGCUGAAGCAAAUGGAGCAUGUGAUCAUUGCAUACAAGCCCAACAUUGACAAGUUGGAAGGAGACCACCAGCUAAUCCAAGAGUCACUGGUUUUUGAUAACAAACACACCAAUUACACCAUGGAGCACAUCCGUGUGGGAUGGGAGCUGCUUCUCACCACCAUCGCCCGAACCAUUAAUGAGAUUGAGACCCAGAUCCUCACCCGGGAUGCCAAGGGCAUCAGCCAGCAGCAGAUGAAUGAGUUCAGAUCUUCUUUCAAUCACUUUGACAGGAAGAAGAACGGAGCGAUGGAAACGGAUGACUUCCGAGCUUGCCUCAUCUCAAUGGGUUAUGACUUGGGAGAGGUGGAGUUUGCACGCAUCAUGAUGCUGGUGGAUCCAAAUGCAACAGGGAUCGUCUCUUUCCAGUCUUUUAUCGACUUCAUGACCAGAGAGACGGCUGAUACGGACACUGCCGAGCAGGUCGUGGCAUCCUUCCGGAUCUUGGCAGCUGAUAAGCCUUACAUCCUUGUGGAUGAACUCAGGCGGGAGCUUCCUCCUGAACAGGCGGAGUAUUGCAUCAUGAGGAUGCCUCCUUACAAAGGGCCUGGAGCUCCACCGGGAGCGCUGGACUACACCGCCUUCUCCACCGCCCUCUACGGAGAGAGUGACCUUUAGUUUGUGAAGACCUUUCGUCGGGCCAUUUUCUUCCCACUCCGUAUCUUUUAAUUAAAAUAACUAAAAGGCAUACUGCAUAGUGACUCCACACGUGUUGAAUGAAUACAAUGCUUUCUUCAAAGCACCAAAAAAAAACCUUAGCCUUUUUUUUUUUUUUCGUGAAAAACCAUAAAUGCAUUAGACAUUACUAUGAAAAAUCCAAAUAAUUGAGAAAAAAAGGAUUCAGCAUUGUUCCUGAGUUUAGUUUUAGUGCUGGAAGAAAACUAAAUUCCUCAGAAUGCCUUCUAUAUUUAUGAAAUGUAAUGUGCAGAUAGACAUAGAUUUAGCGCAUGUUGCUAAACACCUUCUCAUCCUUGCGAUGUUUAAGACCAUGCUAUAGGUUCACAUUGUUUGCACGUUCUGUAUGCAUCCCUUUAAUCCCUUGUAAAAGAGGUUUUAAAUCUCAAUGGAUUUUUGUUUUAUCCUGGUAAAAUGAAAAACACAAGAUAGCUCUGCUCUGAAGCUUACAUUUUUAUAGAUCAGUUGAAUUUUUGGGAGUUUCAUAAAAUAAACACCAAGCCGAAUUAAAGACCUGAAACUUGAGAUCAGGAGCAAUAAUUAAAUUAAAACGUGGCAGCUUCUUAUCAUCUGUCUGUAUUAGACGAUCAAAAAAAAAAAAGCUUGUUCUGAGAUAUCAGAUUAACCCACAAAUUAACAGAUAAACCUGGGAAUUUCAGUCCAGAAAAUUUGUGGUAUUUUAAAAUAUAUUGUGAGAAUACUUUAGAGGACAUCAAAAUUACAAACCCAAGUUCCUUAGAAGUUCAAGUUCAUGGUGUUUAGCAGAAAAUCCAUGACAUGGUUUGGCCCCGAUUUGUUUGAAACGCAGUGUAAUGUUUUCAUUUUUCCUCACAGUGGCUUUGUUUUGACAAUACCCCUUUCCGAUAUGCCACUUUUAAGUGUUUAGAAUGAAUUAUGGUUUGGAAAAUGCUAUUUCAGACCCACUGCCAUCCAUCAAUAAACAGUAAGUUCCCAACAGGCCAGAAAUAUACAUCACUAAACAGAAAAAAGGGGGAACCACAUGAAUGCAAAAGUAAAUAUUUACAGUGAUUUUAAUGCUCCUUAAGUGGAAAAACACAAAAUAUUAAAUAUGUAAUAUUCAUUUUGGAAGUGACGUAAGGUGAAAUAGUAUUUGGCAGCAACAUGCUGAUUCCUCCACAUAGAAAUACAAAAUAACUGCUGAGCAGCAAAGCAUAAAGCAAAUGAAAGUACACUUUUGCACAUUUAGAAAAGAUACAUAAUGAGAAUUUUGUCUUUUCCUUUGUUUUGAAGCAUAUAUUAGUGGAACUCCCUACACCCUGAACGGCAACACAAAAUAUGUAUCCUCUUGUAGUUUUCAUAUUGGAUUGCAUUUACGGAAUAAGCAUAUGUAGGUCUGCAGCAUUAAAGUUUGUCUGUUUUUCAUUUGGCUUUAUUACUAUUUUAAUAAUGUAAUUAAGUAAAUGUAAUCAAAAUUGUAUUAAAUUCCACCUUCAUGUUGAAAAUUGUCAAUUCACAUGAAAUAAAAAUCAUUUGGCCCUGUGACCAUGAACCUUUUUCCAGUUGUACAUCAAUUAAUAAAUAACUUCAAUAAAGUAUUGUUGCCAAAUUAA